CUGUGUUGAAUUCACAUUCAUUUCGUGCGAUGUGAAAAAUAAAAAUGGCUGUAAAUAUCUUGAUAUCUGAGCGCUAUCGGUGAAAAAUAAUAGUUUGACAGUGUUUUUGAGCAAAUUCUAGCCCGAAACUUGGUGCCGUAGGUGGACAUUUGUGCCGCGGACACCGGAGUGGUGGAAUUUGGCCAUUUUGACCCGUGGAAAGUGGACUUUUGUCAAGUUGAAUGAUUUACUACGGUGGUGUCUUUUAUUGACGCGGAUUUUUUUUCUUCUCAAGUGAAGUGAUAGUUAUUCAACAAAUUACAAACUAAAGUCAGAAGCAACUCGUGGAGCCAAGGAAGCAUACGAAGAAGAAUAAGAAGCAAGGAGUUGUAUUAUAGAAAUCAUAACGAGUGGAAGGCAGUGUGAGCUGGAAGAAGAAUUAUCGGAAAUUAGUGCUGGUGCGAACAUCUGCGUGUUCGACGUUGUUGUAAAUAUCUGAUUGGAGGGAUGAAAAGUAUCAAAUAAGUCCAUUAUCUCCCUCAAUACCUGUACAGAGUGCUAAAGAAUAAUUCAAAUAAUCGAUAUCGUUACUCAAAGCGGAGAGUGCUAUACGCGGCCGAGUGGAAGAGGAGAAGGAAUCGAGAAGAUCUGGUUUCGGAGCGAAGCUCUGCAAUCAGUCUGUGUGUGCUUGUUAUAUUUAUGUGUAUGUGAAGAACCCAGCUGGGGAGUAAGAAGAACGAGCAGCUAAGUCAGCAUUGGAGUGGAGGAAAAGAAGAAGAAAGGUGGGCAACCCGAGAAAUGUUUCCAAAGUGAUGUAGCAGGAGGCAGCAAAAAGAAAUCACGUGUAAUCACUUUUGGCAGGCAGGCAACCAAGCCAGUAAAAGGGAAGAAUCGCGCAAAAUCUGGUUGGCCUUCUCUCUUUCUCUGUCGAGGAGAAGAAGACCCGGUCUUUAGAUAGUGUGUCGUAGUCGUUGUCGUCGUCGUCGUCGGCACCGUUGUCGUCGGCGCGCACACACACCUGUGUCAAGAUAGGGAAAAUGGACAAGGAUGGUGACAAGAAGGGUGGCGACAAGAAAGGUGGGCAAUCCGGAGCCGGCUUGGGAGGCGCAGCCGGUGUUCCGGAUCCUGCCUCACUGCUAGAUGCUGCUUCGUUGUUUGCAUACUGGGGUCGUGAUCCCUCGGCGAUGGCCGCAGCAGCAGCAUCAAAUCCUCUGUUCGGUUCCCAGUUCGCCAUGCCCGGCGGCCUCGGAGGUCUGAUGCCGAAUUCGGCGGGUGCAUCCGGUGCUGGUUCGGAUCGGUACCAGAUGUCCCACUCGCACCCGAACACGAUGGCCGUGGCCGCUUCUCAGGCAGCCUCCCUGGCCGGUUUGCAUUCCAGUUGGUGGUCCAUGGCCCAGCUUGCGGCACAGGAUUACUUUGCCCGGUUGCAGGCAUCCGGUAUGUCCCAGUUACAGUUUCCGCAUGGUGCAGCCGAUCUGGCCGGGGCAUUCCCCGGCGGUCUGGGCAGUCUGGGUGCGAUGAGUUCUGGAGGUGCCGGAGGAUCCGCUGCUGCGGGCAACAGCGGAGGUGGCGGUGCCAAUGGGAAGGGUUCCGGCGGCAGCAAAGGAAAAAAGCGGGACCGAAGUAGCAACAGUAGCAGUAGUAAUGCGAGCAGUACCGGUGGUGCCGGUGGAAUGGGUGGAUCGAAUUCGGCGGGUUAUAAGAAUUCAUCCUCCCCGUCGGUGUCGCAAGCGGCGGCAGCAGCCGCCUACAAGCAGUCCCUCUAUAGUCAGGCCACUCUUCACAAGGAGCUGAUGGCGAUUACGGCGGCAGCAGCCGCAGCACAAAGUCAGCAAGGUGCUUCCGGUGGAAUGACCGGUGGUGCCGGCACCGGAGGUCAGUCAGGAUCAUCGAAAUCCAAGUCGUCUUCAUCGUCACACGGCAGCGGCGGUGGCAGUGGAGGUGGCCGAGGUGGCGGAGGAGGUGGUGGUGGUGGAGGAGGUGGCGGCGGUGGUAAUUCGAACUUAAAUGAUAUGCUCUCGAUGACGAGGGGUUCGUCGGCGUCGCCGUCGGUGAACUCGUCCAAAUCGCAACAGCCAUCGCCGAGUGUGACCAUUAGUGCCAGUAAUCUAUCCAACUCGUCAUCCGGUAAUCACCUACAGAAUAUGUCCCGUUCGGGGAAGGACUCCGGCGGUGGCAAAGGUGGUGGAGGAGGAGGAGGAGGAGGUGGUGGUUCAGCGUCGGAUAUGAGCUUAAGUGCUUCGAUGAACGCCCUGAACACACUGUCCCAGUUUGGCAACCUGGACCUCGCGACGCAGCAAAACGUCACGGCAACGAUGAACGCGCUGGCCGCCAGUUCAGCCAAGGCGAAGGACUACAUGUCCUCCGGAAUACUCAAUUUCAAUUCCAGCGAUCCGUCCUCGCUGCUAGGGGUGCGAUUACCACCGGACACGGAGAUUAUCAAGUACACCAGCUCGAUUGUCGGACCGAAGGCCUCGGGUACGGGCGGUCGGGGAAAUAAACGAGCCCGGAUGGAAUCGAACGAAUACGCACAGCAAGGGGCGACGUCCGGGGGCUCCAUGUCUUCCACCGGUAAUAACAACAACAGCGGUGGUGGGGCAAGUAAUCUCUCCGGACUGGGUGCUAUGGGAUCCGGCGGUGGUGGUUCCACCGGUAGCGGAAAUAAUAACGAUCGAAUAGAAGUCAUCAAACUGCCACCGACCAUCACGUCCAAUGGGGUGUACAAUGCUGGAAAAGGCAAAGACUCCAUGUCCGAGCAAAUCAACGAAUGGGCCGGUUUGAAUCUCAGUGCAAAAUCCUCAUCGUCGAUGGCCUCUUCGCUGGCAGCGGCUGCAGCUGCAGCCGUGGCAGCUGCCGUCAACGAACCACAAGACGAUGCUCCGUUGAAUCUGUCGAUGAAACCGUCGAAGUCGUCGGAUAACCGAGAAUCGCCUGCCCCUCCUUCCGGUUCGUCGACACCCAGUGCCAACAGUUUACAAAGUCUCAGCACAAUCACGGCCGCCCUCGGAGGGUCCGGUGGCUCCUCCGAUAAUACCCCACGAUCUCGUCGAAAAUCCAACAAUAAGAACCGCUCGUCGGCCGCGGCGGCGGCUGCGGCAGCAGCGUCGUCGGAUCCGGCGGUUUCGUCCGCUGGGUUCGCCCUGGGUGGCAGCGCUUCCUCCGAUGGCGCCGGUAACUUGAACAAUUCCCUCCACAGUAGUACCAUCAGUUCGCUGCUAUUGGCCGCAAGCGGUGCCAAUAGCGGAACUACCGCUACCGCUAGUAGCAGUAGCAGCAGCAGUGGCAAUGGGAUCCUCCAAUCAUCCGGUGGAAGCGUUGUCGCCAGCCAGCUCGGGCUCAACAGCUCCCUGUCCGAGCUGUUGAAGAUCUCCAAUUACGAAGAGAGCGACUAUGCGGCGCUGACUGGAUCUUCCCAAUUCAAGGAAGGUCGACCACGCAACUUGGGCCGAGGCGUAUCCAAACCUAAGAAGAACACUGUAGCAUCACUUCUGGCACAAAGCCGUGCGGUGGGUUCGAAGCCACUGACCGCACAGCAACUACUCACCCAGGAAGCGGAAAUUGAAAAACUUCGCCAAGCAAUGAUCGAUGCUAGUCAAUCGAUGGAUAGUACCAGCAACACCAACACUGACACGGAGAGCGUGGCCGAGAGUGGCAUGUCCGAAUCGGAGGGCGAAGAGCAAAUCAAUAUCAAGGAUCUGCGGGUACCCCUGGAAAAGGGAUGGCGCCGGGAGACGGUCAUCCGAGGCCUUACCAAGAACGGCCAAAUCAAAGGGGACGUGUUCUACUAUCCGCCGCAGAGUUUGAACAAGAUGAAGGGCAUGAAUCAGGUGCAGUUGUAUUUGGACCAAUUCAAACCGAAGGACUUGACGCGGGACAACUUCAGCUUCUCGGCAAAGGCGAUCGUGGGAACGUUUCUGCAGCCGGCACCGCCUCCGUACGCCACCGAUGGCGAGUACAUCAAAAUGACGGAUGCGGAGGUGGCCAGGCGGCUGGAGGAGCUUAAAAUGUUCACCCGGCAUACGGCCUUGAAUGUGGAACAGCGAAUUGAGAUUGCCAAACAGCAGCAAGCCAUGCGGGAUGCCAAGAAGAUGGCCAAGGAUGAAAUCAGCAAGAAUAAAGAGAAGGCACGACAGGCUAAGGAAGCAGAACGAAACGAACGGCUAGAGCAGCAGCGAAGGGAACGGGAAUUGAAGAACCAACAAGCUUUGGAGGCUAAGAAGAAGCGAGAAGAGGAACUCGCUCGCCAAAAAGCCGAAGAAGCUGCCCGAAAACAGCAGGAGAAAGAACUGAAACGACAGCAGGCACUUUUGCAAAAAGAACAGGAACUGCAGAAACAGAAAGAGCUGAUGUACGCCGUUGAAAUGGAACGUGAACGCCGGCGGCAACAUAUGGCACUGAUCAAGCAACUGGAGCUGCGGCGGAAGUUUGAAGAAAAGGAGAAAAAGAAGCAUCAGGUCAUCUUGGACAAGUUGAUUCAACGCGAGAAGAAGCUUGCCAUGCGCAAGCGAGACACCAGUAUCCUGCUGGAAUUGAGAAAACCUCUGGAGGACUCCGAAAUUGGCGAUCAGACAGAGCUCUUCCAGCUGCCCAGGAUUCCGGGUCUCAAACUCACCGGACAGGGCUUCGCCGAUAUGCUGAUGGUAUUCGAAUUCCUGCACAACUUUGGCGAAACGCUCGGUUUUAGCGAAUCGACAGAAAUGGAAUCACUGCCAACGCUGCAAACUCUUCACUCGGCUCUGACGUGCGACAACGCCGUCGAAGCCGAGGAGGAACUCCUCUCUGUGAUGACGCACCUUCUGGUAUGCGCCAUUGAAGAUCCGGGAAUUCCCAAUCCCGGACGGCAUACCACCCUGCUGGGUCAAACCCUUCGGCAGGCCGAUAUUACCCACUCGAACGUGUCGGAGAUCUUACGGAUAUAUCUGUACGCCGUGGCACACGGUGAGGUGCGGCAGCAGAGUGGAAUCAAUCUGGAGCGGGAACGGGAAAGGCAUCAUUUGCCGACGGAGGAAGACAUCAAGACUGCCAGCGAUAAGAAUAGGCAGUUCUAUGAACUGCUCUCGGAGAACACCCGAUACAAGCUGUCGGAGUUGCUAAAGGAUAAGCCUUUCGUGUCUAUAAACCCGGCGACGAAGGCACAGAUUUUGGCCAUGCUCUGCAACGAUUUGCUGAUGAACAAGGCCGUUUGUAAGCAGAUCGAAGGAAGUUUGGAAACGCAAGCACAGUUGAAGAAGGAGCGCUACUUGUUGGAUAAUAAAAUAAGGAAGUACAAGAUGCUGGUGGCGCGGAAACAGCGGAUGGAGCAGUACGAGAAGGCACAGGCAGCUGCGUUGGAGAAAUCUCUUUCGAUGAAGGCGGCUGAAGAAGCGAAGAGGGCAGAAGAAGCAGCGGCAGUUGCGGUGAAUGUCGAAAGUAAUCCAGCGAUUCCUAUUGAGCAGCAACCGCAACUUGAGCAACAUCAGCUCCAGCAACAACCAGGGGAGGAGAAGACUGAAGGUGAAGUGGAGCUUGUGGAGGGUGCAACAGUCCCUGAAGCAGCUCCCACUGCUGUUCCUAUACCAGAAUUGGAGCAGAAUCACAAGGACGAAGAACCAAUAAUCUCCAGCCAAGAACAACCACUCAACAACGGAAUAAUUAUUCCAAUUGAGGAAAGUCCUAUUAAAGCACCACCUCCUACUCCGAUGCUCGACGAUUCGUCAAUGAAACCGAAGGAGAUGAGUUUCAACGAAAUGAGUGACAUUUCCGGUUUGAAUGUGUCCCAGCAGCAAUCUACGGGCGGUGGCGAUAUGGACAAUCCUUUCUCCAAAUCGAUGAUCCACGAUGCUCCGAGCGAGCGGAAUGACGAGGACAAUAGCGAUCUGGAGAGUGAGGGAACUCAGCUGGAAGAGGACGAAGAUGCUCAACUGACGGCCGAGGAAGCGCAGCGAAAGUAUGAAAGAAUCUUGGAAACGUCCUUCCAAAACAAGCAACAGCUGGAAAAUGCUUUGAAUCAACUACGGGUGAAAUGCUUCGGUCAGGAUCGAUACUGGCGCCGCUAUUGGAAUCUCGGUAAGUGUGGCGGAAUCUACGUGGAAGCGAUGGAAUCCACUCAACCGGAUAUGUACAAAUACGAGAAUGCUCUAGAGGAGCUUCAUGCUAGUCAGGAAACAGUACCGGUGGAGGAACCAGCUGUACCUGAGGAGGAAGCUCCACCAGUGGAGGAACCAAUGGAGCAAGACAUUCCCCCCGAGGACGACAUUCCUCGCUUCAUCCCGACGAUAGCGGACAUUGUGAAACGGGAUCGCGACAAGAAUAAAGAAAACAAAGAUUCCAACGAUUUCCCGCAUCAUAUCGGUCUGGAGGAACGCAAACGGAAGCGUUCCGGCAGGAGUAAGAAGAAGCACGAGUUCUUCAACCAGGAGAGUGCAAAUGACAGCGAAUCGCAAGACGUCCAAGAGGAAGACAACUCGCGAAACAGUUUCAGCAAUUGCGAGGAAACUAGAACCGACUCACAGUCGGAAGCCGAGCCACCGUCGCAACCCAUGCCUGUACCGGUGGAAGAUCCACAGAAACUAGCACCCGUGGUGGCGGCGGCGGCGGCGGUGGCAGCGGCGAUGGUAAUCCAGGAACCACCGGUUCCAGCUCCCAUUCAGUUGGGGGCCAAGAAGAAACGCGAUGAUGACCACCACCUGAUGGACAUUGAGGAUUCCAUUCCGACGGCUAUUCUAGUACAAAAAGGAAACAACCACGACGAGACCAAGAUUGUCGAGGUAAACAACCAGAUCGGUGGCGUCAAUGUGAACCGGCAGCAGGACGAUGGAGAUGUCCAACUGGUUCAGGAGGAAACCCCCACCAUCACCAUACCGGAUGACGACACCGAAAGUGGCGACGCGAACCGACACGGUAGCAGCGAGCAGAUGGCAACCAACAAUUCAAUGAUGACGAUGAUGACGACGACAGCGAACAACGGUGAAAGUGGAAGCAACUGUGAUAUUAAGCCAAAGCUGGAGAACGGUGAAAUCGGAGCCUCCGCUGGCGAACUGGGCGAGAUCUGUGCUGGUGGGAACGACGUCGAAAUGGGGGAAAUCAAGAACGAGAAGUUGGUCAAGUUUGAGUUCAAGAGAGACGAUGACUGCAUGAUGGAACGGUGGUUCUCGAUCGUUGAUAAGGAUCUUCCGCUGAGCAGCACGGAGUGUCCGCUUCCUUCGCUCAAAGGAACCAGUCCGGCCGCGAUGGCCCGUCAAGUGUAUACGAACAUUACCUGCAAGGAGAUCUGCCAGGCACAGGGCAACCGAUGGGACAUCGGUAACAACAUCCAGUUCUUCAGCGUCCCACUGGAGAAGGGAGUUGAGAUUCACUUCAAAAACGAAUCCUUUUUGUCCCUGUCCGGGUUGGACGACGGGGAAAUGAACGAUGUGAUCGCGAAGCGGAUCAAGAAGGAUCCGGAACAGUUGGCUGAUUUGAAACCACCGCUAAUACCGGUGACCACGAAGCGAGAAUCAACUGACGAAAGCCAAACGGAUGUUAAAUCCGAAAUCAAACAGGAAGGUGAACCGGAGGAAUUUGGAUCCUUUUCGCUUCCUGCGUACAUGACACUAACGCUAAGCAACCUGACUGCCUACGUGCAGUGCGAUCAGUUUCAACCGCUGCAGAUGACCCCUGAGGAGGAGAAGCGAUUGGAAGAGAUCAAAAUCCGUGGCUUCCUGGAGAAACCGGAAGUCAGGCCUAUCCCGAGAGACUUUCGUCACGGUUGGUGGAAAAUCAACGAUAUCGACGAGCUGAACGAACUGAUAAGGUCGCUUAAUUCACGAGGUGUACGGGAGCGAAGCCUACGGCAAAAUUUGCUGGAAUCGUUGUCGGAAAGUGUGAAUCUGACUACUCCGUACCCCGUUUCUCACCUGAGAGGUCCCGUGCCACAGAACACUUGGACCGCAACGGAGGCCUGGAAUGCCUGGCGCCCAGCGAUUGCUCGAAGGGUGGAAGUCGCCCUUCUAGAUCAGAUCGAAGCCAUGGAAGAUAAGGUGGCAUCGGCCUCGAUGCAAAUCAAGGGUUGGCAAGUGCCCCAACGGGAUAACGAGAGCGAAAACGAACUCGCGGAAGAAGUUACGAUCGAUAUUCUUCGGGAGCGGAUCUCCGGACUGGAGGCGGCUAUCGAAAGGCGUUAUCUCAAGCCGCCACUGGGAGUCAACACAACGGAAGCACAGAUGGCCGUCAUUGCACAACAGGAGUCGCACCAUCACUCGCUGGCAAAUGCAUCCACCUGCUCAAACAGCUCGGAAGAUGAAAACAUUCCGAAAGGUCUCGUGUCCUGGCGCGACGCAGUCGAACGAUCGGUCACUACCGCCCAACUCUCGAUGGCACUGUACGUGCUUGAAUCGUGUGUCGCGUGGGACAAGAGCAUCAUGAAGGCGAAUUGCCAGUUCUGUCAGUCGGGUGAGCAGGAGGACAAGCUACUACUGUGCGAUGGAUGCGAUCGGGGCUACCAUACGUACUGCUUUAAGCCACGAAUGGACAAGAUUCCCGAUGGUGAUUGGUAUUGCUUUGAGUGUAAAAAUAAGGCCACCGGUGAUCGUAAGUGUAUAGUCUGUGGCGGCUUGCGACCGCCACCGUUAGGUAAGAUGGUCUACUGUGAGCUAUGCCCCCGGGCAUACCACCAGGACUGCUAUAUUCCACCCCUGUUGAAGUACCCUCGUGGUAAAUGGUACUGCCAGAACUGCAUCUCGAAAGCCCCACCCAAGAAGAAGCCUCAGCGAAAGCCGAAGGACAGCAAGCAAAAUCACAACUCAUCCUCAACGCAACUGAAUCAAUCCAACCUGAGCAAUCAAUCAGCGAACCUUUCGUUGAAUUCCUCCCACGAAGAAAUCCCACCAGCGACGCCGACGUCCGGUAUGCCCGGAACGCCACUGUCCAAUCCCGGUUCCAACGUUAACUCCACCCCAUUAAGUCCAGCACAUUCAGUAGCAUCCACGACCCAUGAAGAGCCACCGUCGACUGUCCCCGUCAGCCAACAGUGUUCAACAACGAUGCCAUUGCAGUCAGAUUUCAGUCAGCAUCAGCAACCGCAGCAGCCAAUUGCAUUUCCACAGCAAACGCAAUACGCCAAUCUCGAGGGAACGCCAGUUUCCAGCGUACUAAACAGUUUCCAACUGCCACCGCCGGUGGCCAGUAGUUACGAUCCUCAGCAACAGUAUCAGCAGUACUAUCAAUCUCAGCAACACCAACAACAUCACCACCAGUUUUACCAGCAGCAAAUGUCCGAGUACAACACACUCGCCCAGCAGCACCAGCAGUCUCAGCAUGAAUCUCAUCUAUUUCAACCGGCCCACAACAGUGGCGGAAAUGUUGCCAACACAGUUCCACCCAUACCUGACCAUAGCAACAGUAUGGAAAACAGCAGCCUGAACAUUUCGAUGGGCAGCAACGAUGGCUCGCACUACGACGGUCACCAGACGCCGCAACAGCUGCCCUGUCAGGACAACAGUAGCAUGGCCACGUCCACGCCAACGUCGGGAUCGGCCGGAUCAGCCGAAUACUAUUCGCCUUCGAGUGCGAAUGCUUGCGCUUCCGGAUCCGGGUAUGAUUCGGAAAAGCACGCCGAAUUAUGCGAAGAACAAAUGCCAGCGGGUCUGGUACCCGGCGGCGGCAGUGCGGGCAGCGUCGGUGGCGGCAGCUGCAGUAGCAGCAGCAGUUCGCACAAAUCCGACAAAAAGGACAAGAAGGAACGGGACGAAGCGAAGGAACUGGCCAAGAAGGAGAAGAAGGCCACCAAGAAGCUGAUCAAGGAGUUGGCCCCGUGCAAGACGGUUCUGGAGGAGAUGGAGGUGCACGAGGAUUCUUGGCCGUUUCUGCUGCCGGUGAAUACCAAACAGUUCGCCACGUACCGCAAGGUCAUCAAGUACCCGAUGGAUUUGUCGACCAUCAAAAAGCGUCUGCAGGACUUGGUCUACAAAUCGCGCGAUGACUUCAUCGUCGACGUCCGGCAGAUAUUCGACAACUGCGAAAUGUUCAACGAGGACGACUCGCCGGUCGGCAUUGCCGGCCACGGGAUGCGCAAGUACUUCGAGCAGCGUUGGGCCGAGCUAACCGAGAAGCACGCGUCAUGAUAUCACGCUACCGGUGGAGCAGCAGUAGCAGCCGCAACAUCGGGUGUAACGUCAGCAGUAACAACCUUGCUGGAGGAGGGAGUUGCUCCGGAGGUUGAGUAUCCAUCGGAGGAAUGCCACCGGUCGCAACAGUUGUUGGAAGAGCAGGAUGAUGGUGGUGAUGGCUUGGCAGAGUCGUCGAUUGCGAUCGCUACGGCGAAGUUUGACCACCAAGAGGAAGAAGGCGGUGGUGGUCUGGAAGCGGCGUUGAUGGUUUUGGAAGAUGAACCGGAAUAGUUGGAGCAGCGAGCAGAGAUGCGGCGAUGAGAUUUUGUGAACGAUAGUUUUCUUUAGAUUAAUUUGAUUUCGCUUUAUUAUAGGAAUCUCGCCAAGCGAGAGCGCAUUACUACUGACUGUGUUUGUGAGGAAAAUACCGUUGCAGUAUUUUUUCGAUAAAAUUUUCACCGGAUCUUCUUUUUUUCAUCGAACUAAAAUUUUCGUUUCUGGAAGAUUUUUAAGUGAAGUUGCAGGCGCAAAUUACGAUUUUCUUUUUCCGGGGAAAACUUUUCAGUAUUGAUCGCAGAAUCGAGGUUGGAAGCUGUUCCACUUGAAGGAGACACGAACCAGACGAGAUAAGUUUUUUGAAACCUUUGGAAAGCAUUUUGGAGUAAGAUCAAAAUUAUUUAAACGAAAAAAUAAUAUCAAAAAAUCAUAAACUCAAAACAUAAACUUAAAUGUAUUCAAGCAAGAAAAUAGACUGUUUUACAAAUAAAGAAAAAGAUAACUUAUUAAUCUAGAAAACUCCCCCUUUACCUUUAGCAUUAUGUGGUUCUCAAGCCAGCCAGCGUUAUAGUACUACUACUACUGCUACUAACAAAAACAAAUGAUACCCUCUAAAUUGCAUCAAAUUUAGACACUCCACUCCAUUUAAAAAUAAACAGAUCACAUGUAAUCACUAUCCCAUGUGUGAGGCAUCGUCACCGACACAAUUUUGGUCGGAAUAAGUGAACGAAAAUCAUCGUGUAGAAGUCUACAUUUAUAUUUUUAUCGCAUAGGACCUUGUUUCCAUCCCUUUCCACAAACUAUAACAGAAUAAAUGACUAAAACUAUGUAAUUAAAACGAAAUCUCCCCUCCCAAGCUGCCGCCCGAUAGCGGGAGCCCUCCGGAGGCAGCGCUCCAAAACGCAAAAGAAAACUAAUUUGUAAAUAGUAGUAUUUAGUUACGAUUGGUAUCGUUAAGUGCAAAAGAAACACGUUUUUAAAUGAAAAAAGUGCAGAUCUAUUUAUAAGAAAGGACAAAUACAUACACAAACACACACACACAUACUAAUCAUGCACAUUUUUUUGCAGUAAUUUCAAUGCGGGGAAAGAAAGUGAUAAAUCAUCAUUUUGAAUCCCAUCGUUGCUUUUCCGUGCAUUUGUGCGUGUUUCACUUUUAGUUGUAUUUUGUAAUUAUUCAUCGAAUCCAUUCUUACUUAGUUCCGACUUUUUUUCUUCUUUCCGAUUGCUAGAGGAACGAUAUUUAUAUAAAAAAAAAAUCGUCGGAGAAGAGCAGCUGUAAGCCUGUUUGCAUUAACAACCUACAACAAUGAGUAGUUAACUUUUGUCCUGUUGUGUCGCCACACGUGUGUGGGGCACGCAAAAAUCUAAUAAAACUAAUUGAACCUAGAUCGUAACAAUGAUAAACCAAUUAAACGCAGAAGUAGUGAUUCAAUGUGAAUAUCUUUUAGUAAUGAUGUCGAUGUACUGAAUAAACUUUAAAACAAACUGGCUAGUGUGUUGUACUAAUUAAUGAUUAAAGUGCUGCUAGAAAGGUGUAGACUGCUCACACAAAAACGUAAGAAAUAAAAACGAACAAAAAACAUUGGCGGUUUGACUUGAGUUUAGUUGAUGUUUUUAUUUCGUCCAACUUGAAAAGCCCCAUUGCUGUGCGCUUUUUGCAUCGAUCGAUCUGCAUUACAAUACAUACACAUAACAUGCAUAACAUACAAGAUUAAAGCUACGUCCUUAGUUUUUAUUUAAUAGUAUUAUGAUAGUUUGUGUCGUCGCCUAACCGCCGCGUAGAAUGAAGAUAAUUAAACACACGAGAAAAGUAAGAGUAAUUGAAGAAAUUGAAAAGUAUGUUGAUAUAUAUACAUGUACAUAUUUCGAAGAUUUUGCGAGUAAGGUAAAAAAGCAUAGAAUAAAAUUAUGGAUGAAUAUUAGAA